AUGUAUUUUACAGAAUAUCUCACUGUCAGGGGAUCCCAGGACCUUCAGUGCUGCCCAGAGUCCUUCUCAGUGGGCUGGCUUGCGGCCAGUGUGGUCCUGUGUGCUGCUUCUGUGCUGUGUAAGGAGCAGGGAAUCACUGCCAUAGGUGUCUGUUCUGCUUAUGACAUCCUCAUCUUGUGCCAAAUAGAUCCAAAAGUCUUCCUCGCAAAACUCCUGGCAGCUGACAAGUCCCUGCAGUUAGUCAGAAAACAGGGUCUGCCUGUGUGGGUGCGGUCCCUGUUACUACGACAACUGUUGCUGGUGGCGACGGGAGCUGCCAUCAUGACGGCUCGCUGGUGGGUGAUGGGGUCCACGCCCCCUGCCUUCCAGCCAGUGGACAACCCUGCAGCCUUCGCUAAGGAACUCACCACAAGGGUCCUGACCCACAACUAUAUUUAUGCCCUGAAUGCCUGGCUGCUGUUCUUCCCCUGGUGGCUCUGUUUUGAUUGGUCGAUGGGAUGUGUGCCCCUGCUGCACAGCGUGGGAGACCCCAGAAUUCUGGCUCCCAUUGCUCUCUGGCUCGGCCUUCUGGGAUUGCUAACAUACUGUGUCAUUGGUUUGACGGAUAACACAAAACGGGUCAUCACCUUGGGCCUAGCCGUGCUGAUUGUGCCCUUUCUCCCAGCAUGCAACCUGUUCUUCACGGUGGGGUUUGUGGUAGCGGAGCGGGUGCUGUACCUGCCCAGUGCUGGGUUCGUGUUGAUGGUCGUGGCUGGAACCAACGUACUGUGUCAACACUGCAGCUGGAAAAAGGUUAUUCAGGCUUUCCUGGGGUUGAUAAUUGUUUUCAACAUCAUCAGAUGUACAGUGAGAAGUGCAGAGUGGGUUACAGAGGAGGCCCUGUUCACAUCAGGACUCAGGGUCUGUCCACUAAACGCUAAGGUUCAUUACAACAUAGGAAAAAUCCGAGGAGACCAGGGUCGUACAGAUGUCGCUAUAGCAGCUUACAGACAUGCACUCAGACUGAACCCAGAGUACGACCAGACCAUGAACAACCUGGCUAACAUACUGAAGGACAGGGGGGAGUUAGGGGAGGCAGAGCUACUGCUGGAGAGAGCUGUACAGAUCAGACCAGAGUUUGCUGCAGCCUGGAUGAACCUGGGGAUCGUGCAGGCUCAGCUGAAGAAACCACAGUUAGCCGAGCAGAGCUACUGGACUGCCAUCAAACACAGGAGGAAAUAUCCCGACUGUUACUACAACCUCGGCAACCUGUAUUUGGAGCUGAAGCAGCACGGUGAUGCACUGAACGCCUGGAGAAACGCUACCCUUCUAAAACCCCAACACACCCUCGCAUGGACCAACAUGAUUGUUCUACUGGACAACCUUGGAGACUUGAGUAAAGCUGAGGUUGUAGGGAAAGAGGCAGUGAAGGUUCUGCCAAACGACCCGUCCAUACAGUUUACUCUGGCUAACGUACUGGGCAAGGCCAGCAAGUAUCAGGAGGCUGAGAAGCUGUACUGGAGAGCCAUAGACAAGAGCCCAAAGGCAGCGAACUACCAUGGAAACCUGGGUGUGCUGUACCACAGGUGGGGGAAGUACCCCGAGGCCGAGCGCUGCUACAAGAAGUCGAUCGAGCUGGACCCGACGGCAGCCACAACGCAGGAGAACCUGGUCAAGCUACAGAGAACCAUGAACAAAAACGCUUCACGGGAACACGGGCUGGGCAAGGGAAGGAGAUAGACUUUGGCCAGACACUCAAGAAAAAAGAUGCGUAUCUUUCUGAUAGUAUCCUUGCAGAGUCAUUUUACAAGUACCUCUCCUAGGAUAAGUUGCAGAGAACCAUCAACAAGAUUGGGAACACGGCAAGGCAAGGCAAGACAAGGAGAUAUAACAUUUUGGAGAAAAUGUGCUCAAGACUCCUUUUACAAAAGUAUGGAGAGAAGAGGUGUUUUUUACAGCAUCAAGUAUUGUACAUUAUGUACAGUGCAGUAUGUUUGGUUUACAGAGAGCUACAUAUACAUGAACAAGGUAAGCCACAAGGGCAGGUGAACAAUUGGGUGUACAUACUUUUGAGUGCAUUCUUCAGAACUUAAACAGAAAGUGGUAAAAUAUGUCUCAGUUCUAAGAACCAUGAACAAAAGGUCACCCAGUGCACUAGUGAUACCCUCCCUAAAAAGUUUGUUAGGACGUGUAUCCUCCCCAAAGUAUUCUCCCAGAGGAGAGAGACGAUGAUGUUUUUACACAAUGCAGACUACAUGACACAAUAUUUGCACCAGGCAUAACAAUUUGCCUAACAAAAGUUUAUUGAGGUGAGAGAAUGAGUUAAAAGUUCCAGACUAUGGUUCAUGAGUUUGAAAUGAGUGGGAGAAAGAUAUCUAGAAUUCCCAAU